CAUAUAUAACUCUGUCCUAUCAAUACAAUUAAAAAAAAAAUAAAAUCAUCUCCCGAACGGGCUUCCAUCUCGAGUAGCUAAAAGUCUCGGUGUAUACAAUGACAUUUAUGUUUUAAAUACUCCAAGGCUUUGACCCUUCUAGUUCACGCCAGCAUGAUUUCUUUGUACCCGAAAUAAAUGUGAUAAUCUUCUGAUAGAUACACCAAUACAUUCUCUUAUUAAUUUUCCGUAUUUCUUCCAUUUCUUUGAUUUAUAUUUGUGAAAAUGAUGGAGCAUAUUUUGACAGUUUUUGCCAUUUUGGGGAACGUUGUAAUAUUGGUCCGUGCAGCAUCAGAUCCAUGGAAUUACACAGAUCAGAGUUCGUGGAGUCAAAUGAGCGGGUCUCAGUGUAGCGGUACCAACCAGUCCCCUAUCAAUCUCCCUCCCAUGGUAGAAAUGGAGUACAGUAACAACCUAAAUCCAUUCACAUUGGCUGGUUAUGAAGCCUUGGUCACAGGCCCCGUGAUCAGCAAUAAUGGACACACUAUCACUGUAACCUUUACAAACGAAGCUCACAUAACAGACGGAGAUCUGGGAAGUCGAUUUAAAGCGGCACAAUUUCAUUUUCACUGGGGUAACGACAACACACGAGGCUCUGAACAUACUUACAAUGGAAAGACCUACCCAGCAGAACUCCAUAUUGUUCAUUACAAUACAAAGUACCCGAACUUUGGCGAAGCUGUAAGCAAGGUUGACGGACUUGCAGUCUUAGGAUUUUUCAUUGAGGUUGGCCCAAUCCACAACUGCAACUUUGGCCCCGUCGUCGAUGCCCUGUCAAAUGUACAGAUGAACGGUAAUAGGUACUCCAUAAACACAACUUCGUCUCCCUUCAAACUUCGUCAUUUGCUUCCUAUGCAGUUAAAGGACUACUACAGAUAUAUGGGGAGUCUGACCACACCCCCUUGCUCAGAGACGGUUAAGUGGACAAUGUUCAGGGACCUACUUUACAUGUCAGAAGAACAGUUACAAAAGCUUCGCGAAGUGUACUUCGACUCCUCAAAAACACAACCUAUGGUAGACAACUGGCGACCCCCACAGCCGCGGAACGGGAGGAGAGUUUACAUCAGCUUUGACGUGAAGACCAGCUCCGCGCCUGGUGCCCACUGGAUCAGCUCUAGCAUGGCCUUUGUUCUAUUGAGUUUUUAUUGCCUUGUUUUGUAAAACUUCCCAUCCAUUGUCUGCAGCAAUUAUUUAUAUCACAGGUACUAUAAUACGGAUCCAUUUCCAAAUGGCCGAGAAUUACUCAUAUUGUUAUGUGUAAGUGGUUUUGCAAAAAAAAUUAAGUAAUCAAGUUCCAGAUGUGACAAUAUGAA